AUGUUACUGUUAUUUUUAUCGACAAGUUCAGAUUCGAAUAACUUGACGUCCGGAACGCAGUCGUUUGCCGCAGCGGCAGCUUCCGGUUUAUCGUCGUGUGUUCAAGCGUCGGUAGCCAGUGCAACGGCUGCCGCGACCACCGCCACUACCGCUGCCGCUGCCACCACCACUGUCGAGACUCCAAUUACAGCACCCACUUGUCCCACACCUCCGACAAGUCAAUUGAGUCGCGGAGUACAGUUUGAGAUAUCCGAAAUGGAUGUGCUAAGUGAAGAGAUCUGGCACUAUCAUAAUUCGGUUACCCAGUCGGAAAAGAUGCUCAAUCGGAAGUUGCAUCUUCGUGACAUGCUGUACUAUUCGAUCUGUCCUGUUUUUCCGAUGUGUGGUUUGUAUGUUGUUGGAUCAUCGUUGAAUGGAUUUGGCAACAAUACAUCUGACAUGGACUUGUGCUUGAUGAUCACAAAUAAGGAUCUUGAUCAGAAAACCGACGCUGUUGUAGUGCUGAAUAUGAUUCUCAGUACGUUGCAACACACAGAAUGGGUUUCGCACCAGAAGUUGAUCUUAGCCAAGGUCCCUAUACUUCGGAUAAAGUUUGCGCCACCGUUCUCAGAUAUCACGGUCGAUUUAAAUGCGAAUAAUUCAGUGGCUAUCAAGAAUACUCACCUCCUGUGCUAUUAUUCGUCCUUUGAUUGGCGUGUCCGUCCGUUAGUGUCUGUAGUAAAGGAAUGGGCGAAGCGUAAAGGCAUCAACGAUGCGAAUCGAUCGUCAUUCACAAGUUACUCCCUUGUUCUGAUGGUUAUUCAUUACCUUCAAUGUGGGACGGAACCAGGCGUGCUUCCAUCGUUACAACAGAUGUUCCCUCGGCGAUUCGCAAAUAAAUGCGAUGUGCGAACAUUGAAUGUAACCUUACCUUUGGAGCCACCCACGGCGUCGGAAUGGCAAUAUGCAGAUAAGUCGACCCUUGGCGAACUUCUCAUUGGCUUUCUCGACUACUAUGCGAAUAAAUUCGAUUACGAUCGUGACGCGAUUUCUGUGCGACUCGGCAAGCGAAUCGACCGAGCAGUGAUUGCGCGGCAACGUCCAAAUGGAGGCUACCAACAGAAUGGCACCAACUGGCGGUCACAGUGGCGAUGUAUAUGCAUCGAGGAACCGUUCACCUAUUCGAACACAGCGCAUUCUAUUUAUGACGAAAUGGUGUUUGAUGCCAUAAAGACGGCUUUCCGAGAGGCGCAUCAAGAGUUGGACACCACACGAGAUUUGCAACGGUUGUUGAAUUGCAAACCGAUCACGGUGAACGCUCCUAUGGGAGGCGCGAUGGUCUAUGUUUCGUCGUACAGUUCGACACGUGAGAUGUCUGCCGGCUCUACAGCUGGUGAUUCGCCGAUGAGUGGUCACUCAAGGCGGUCCACACCGCGCGGAAGCAGUUCCGGAAGCAGCAUAAGCACAGCGCAUAGUGCGGCAAGUAGUAGUGGUAGUUCAAGCUCAAGCGAUUACGGCGAGGACCAGGAUCAUGAUCGGUUGACCGAUGUGGCUGACGUGAGCGGUGUGCCACUACAACGGCAAACAAAAGCUCGCAGUCGUCGGAUAUCACGACCAAACGGUUCCAUACCAUCCUGUCUUCCAACGUCACCGCCCAAGAUCCCAGUCACCACGGCAGCUGAGCAAUGA